AAAAUGUAUACAUUUAUAUAUAAAUAAUAUAUAUAUCGCAUAUAAUAUAAUUUCUAUCUGAAAGGUGUAACUCAGGUGUAUGCAAUUGGAAACAAAAUGCUUCCCUCCACACAGAGGGGUUAUUUUCUAGAAGCCUCUAUCCAACCACUUCUUACACAGCUCAGGUGGAAAACGCGGAGAGAGGGCCAGGUGAAAUUCGCUUCUCUGGCCCCAGCAUCCCCAGCCAGACUGACUGUCCCGGCCACCUACAAAGAAACUGAGGUCCACGGAUGCAGCGCGACUCUAAAGGUACAGGGUCUUCAAGUCGUAGAAGCAGAGAUUAAACAUGAGUCUAUACUCUGAUCGUUGCCUUGGCGCUCUGCUGGGUCUGGCGUUGGCGUCGCCCUGCAGGAGGCUUCUGGGGAAGGACCCGAGGCAGGGCGUGUCCUGCCUGCACCCAGGGUUGGCGCCUUUGAUGCUGGUGCAUCUCCCAUGCCCGCGGGAAGCAGACCCAGGACACCCAUUGGUGCGGGGCAGCCACCUGUUUCCCCAGCAUCCUGAGGCUGGUUGGCAGCGUAGCGCAGGGAGGCGGGCUCCCCGGGACGCCCUUCAGCAUAUACGGGCACACGCCUCGCGGGCUCCGGGCCGUGCCGUUUGGGACGGAACGCCCAGCCCUUCGGCUUCCGGCAGAGGCACUCCAGUUUGGUUCAUCCUUUCUGCUUGGAGACAUUGCCUGUUUCCCUUGCAAACUGGGAAGCAGAAGUCAGCACAUCCGUCCAGCGAGGGUGGGGUGGCCGGAUCGCCCAGCGCGCGCCCGGAAGGUUCACCUGAACGGAAACCGAGGAUGGAGCCCUGGUGGGGCCUCUUCCACCUCACGUUCCUGUGUUCUCUGAUGCACGUCCGAGGUCAAGGUGACUUUGAUUUGGCCGACGCUCUCGAUGACCCCGAGCCCACCAAGAAGCCGAGCUCAGAUACCUACCCAAAGCCGACGCCUCCCCACCAGCCACAGCCCGGAAAUCCCAACAACAGUGGAAAUAUCUAUCCAAGGCCAAAGCCACUGCCACGUCCCCAGCCUGGCAGCUCUGACAACAGUGCAGGUGGAGACGGCUCCCCCUCGUACGGCAACCCACAAGGUAACACACAGGGGCGGGGCAGCCCACCUUUCCAGGAGCGAGCUCUCCACAUCGCUGUGGGAUGAAGUGGGGUAGACGUGUAAUGAUUUCAACCUGAGGGUGUUCAGGGAGCGCCUACUGUUCCCAUGCUCGUCUGGAAGCUCCUGAACACACACGUCUGUCCUUCAAGGAGGGGUCCAUCCUGUGGGGGUCAGAGAAGGAGGGCGAGGACGGUCCUCAGGCUGCAAGAUGCCUCGGAGCUCUGAGAGCAGGGCUGGGGUUCGUGGACCUGCCACUGGGCCACCAAUGGCGUCCCUUUCAUUGACCACUACUGACCGGUGGCCAACAUGGAGAGGAGAGGGGAAGUCAUGGCAUUCAGCCUUGGAGAGCCCCCAGAGGGCACUGCCAGCCCCAUCACAGGUCCAGAAAUGGGGGCUGUUGUUGUGUGUCCCUGGGAGAAUGGGGUCCAGUCUCUUGGUCAUCUGGCAUUUGGGUGGAGGGUGACAGUGAAUCUGCCCAGCUGACCCCAAGGCUUUGGGAAGAAGAAAGGUAUUGAGGUGUCUCUCCAACCUUCAGACCCUAUCCCCAUGCGGAGUCAGUGCUGCUCUUUGCUGGGUGUAGGGACAUUCUGGGGAAGUCCGUGGAUGCGUCUCUCCUCGUGGGCAGGAGGUGGGGCAGGAGGGGUGCAUCUCAGGGCAAGAAUCCAGGUCUGACACGUGGUUUGACGGGGUCCACGGCAGGACAGAGGGACUCAUCCUAGCCUGGGGCAGAAUGGAGGUGGGUAAGGAUGCUCCUUGAGGGGCCCAUCUCCAAGGCCGGGUCUAAAGGAUGGGUGGGAGGCAGCCAGGACAGGAGAGGUAGGUGCUGUGCUAGGUCGGGCUGGGUACACCCCCGGGAAUAACUGUGGUGUAUGGGGCCAGGGUGUGGAGUGUGAUGGGCAGGGGGCAACACUUGGGACUGGCCAGGCGACCCCAUGGGCAUGUCUGCACUUUCUACAUGCUCCAUGGGAAAAAGCCUGCCCCUGUUUAUACCUAUGUGACACAUGGGUCAGAGGGCCAGUGAUGGUCAGGGAGAUCAGUGUUAAGACCCACUUAGUUCCCAGACUACAGAGGAUGUUGUAGAGACAGUGGACAUGGGGGUAAGAGGUCAGCCUGGAGGACCAUUUGGUAGUCACCAUUGAUAUCACGUGGUUGAUUUGUAUGGGAUGGCAGAGAGGAAAGAGGUGUAUCAGUUAGCAGUGCUAUGUAACAAAAGAGCCCCAAAUAUAGUGAUUUUAAACAACCACCAUUGAUUAUGAUUAUGUGAGUCGCAAUUGGGCUAAAACCAGACCACAUCCAUCCAAGAGGCCAGGCCAGGCUGGGCCACAAGCCAGACACAGUACCAGAGAAUAAAGAGGAGCACCACAGCUUCACGUCUGCCGGUUCUACUGGCUGAAGACCCAAUUCUGAGGAUGAUGACCUGGACCCCCCCCACCUCCCAUGCCCCCAAGUCACAUGGUAGAGGGUGUGCAUGGGGGGUGGGGAGGCCUGGAGAGCGGGGUCCAGCAGGGGACAGGGUGAGACAGCAGCACAAGGGAGGGAUAGAUCCCUGGGCGCCGUGGUAACGCUCUUCCCAGCAUCACGGGAGCCACAUCCACGGCAUGGCCACUCAUCUGUCCCCUACGACACGCCGGGCACUUGCCUGGAUCUGAUGUAGGACAUGGGUGGUUAUUUUAGAUGGAAGCAACAAUUUGUUCUUCUGGGGAAGUGUUGAUUUUUGUCCCAUCAAGCUUCCAUACCUUGGAUUUUGUGCAGGAAUACCUAAGCUUCCCUUAAAGCAUUGAUGUUUGCUCUAUGGUUGUGUUCAGAGCCCCAGCGUGAUUUGAGGAUCGGGCUAUCAGGCACUUUUUGGUUAAAAAAAUUUUUUUGCAUGCGUGAACAUUCUAUGUCCCCAAAGCUACAGAUUCAUCCAAAUUCACAAAUACAUGAAAAAACAUAUCAAGCCUAUCUUCUGCACAAAACUGUUGGAUGCCCCAGUCCGGUAAGACUGGUUGAUAAGCUCUCCUGAAAGCAGAAUCACUUCCUCGGGCUUCUUGUGUGAAUUCCAUCAUCUGCCCAUGAAUAGGAGGGUGGGGAGGGCCGCGGAUGUGAUUGCAGAGUUAUUUACAACCAGCGGAGUUCCGGCUGGCUGUGUUUUUCACAGACCAUCUUCCUUUUCUGGGUUCCUGCAGGCAACACGAUAGCAAAAAUCGUGUCUCCUAUCCUGUGCGGGGUGCUGGUGACCCUGGUGGGGGCAACGGCCCGCUAUUUCCAGUACAACAGGAGGUGGAAUUGUUGCAGGAC